CGUUAUCGCAAAACAUUGCAGUCCUUCUUGUUGUCCUGUCAAAUAUUUGACUGCCCCAAUCCUUGAAACUAAAACAACACGCGACGCGUAAAAUCGAUUGAGGUAGUGUGUGUGGAGAUGUGCGGACGACGUUACCCAGUUAAAGAAUGGCAGCAAAGCCGGGAGGAUUGGAUGUCAUCUUAGGCGGGGAAGCGUCCCAAGCCCCGGCUGACGUCCGACUCGAAUUCCUCUCCCAUGUCAUUCAAAAAUCUCUACGUCUAAAGGCUGAUCGUUGGAUCAAAGUGUUGACUGUUGAAGAAUACCGCAAGAUCAUUCAAGAUUUUCUUGACAAUGCGGAGCCGCCACUUAUUAUCUUCACUCAGAGUGGACCAGGAAUUUUGGCCGUCAGCAAUGCACCACUCAACAGCCCGCAACAUCCUGCAGUGACACUUACCACAGGAGGUGGAAGUUCAGCUGCUCGUAUGAAAUCGCUUUAUUUUCUGAAGAAACGAGCUGAGCCCGUCAACCGAGAGGACCCACGUAGUUCCCUUCUAUUUGGCGAUCUGGCCCCACAUCCGCUGGAUCAAGUUCUCACCUUUCUGGACGAUGUUGUGGCCCCAGUGUUAGAUCAAACAUCUAAAGGAAGAAAAGAGAAUCAAAGUUCGCAGUCACCUUGGCCAUCUGCUGUCUCAAUGGAAUUGGAACGUCAGGCUCGAAACAUCCGCGGAACGGUCAAUCGGGCUCGAGGUCUUCUUGAUGGUAAAACCGUUUUGUACUGGCCGUGGACUGGGGCCUUAAGAACCGAGUUACCUAGCCGGAUGGAAAUGGAAAGCUGCGUUCAGCAGUGGACGACUCAGCUGACACCUUUGUUAGAGGCGGAAGAGCGAGGCAUAAGUGAACGCUCAUCUCUUAAUGAAGAAGUCUUGUAUUGGCGCAACCGCAGCCAAGAUUUAGAAAAUAUAUUUGAACAGUUAAAGGAGGGAGUUGUCCGUCAGAUGGCUGCAACUCUAGAAGAAAUUGGCAGCGCCCAGUCGGCCACUUUCAAAAUGUUAUUGCGAAGAUUGAUUGCUGCACUUGCCGAGGCCCAAGAGAUAUCGCUUCAUUUGAAACCCAUCAUUAAGCCUCUUGAAAACUUGGAAGCGGCUGACGUGACCGAAAUGGCGCAACCUCUGCGGAUUCUGCUGCAUACGGCCUCUCUAGUCUGGUGCACCUGCGCGUAUUUUCGUCAGCCCAUCAAGCUGGCCAAUUUGCUCCGUCAAGUGGGUAACGCUUUGAUUGACCGCUGUCGCAUCUUUCUCGAUUCGCGCUCCAUUUUCACCUGGGAAAUAGAAGAAGCCAUGGAGAAGACUGCAGCUGCCCGCACUAUCUUCGGCCAUUUGCGCCAAUUUUACAACGAAGAAAGGGAGAACAUUCCCAACCUAACCAACCGUCUACGCGAAGCAAAACGCUGCACACUAACACUGAGUCGAUCGGAAGCCAAGGAACUGUGGAAUCCACCCACGCAGAUCGUUUUUGAAAAAGUGGCAAUCUUUGAGAAGCGCCUGGUGACCAUCGUCAAAAUCUUUCAAUUGAUUCAAGAAUUCUCACGACUCAGCCGAGUUGAAUUGAGCGCCAUGGGUGGACGUAGUUUAACAGCUCAGGUGCAGAAUAUUUGCAACCAGUUUUGUGACAUUAAAGCACCAGUCGUCAGUGGCCAGUUUGGCGAUUGUAUGGAUCCAGACAACCAUCAGUUUGAAACGGUGGCUAUCGAGUUCCAACGCUCAGUCAUUACCCUGGAAGAGAAAAUGAUUUCCAUUGCUAGUAACGCUCUUACCGAUGCCACGACGCCUUUGAAUGCGUACCGCGUCAUCCAACUGUUGGGCAGUUUUCUCGAUCGACCGGCUAUGUUGCAAAAAGUCCGGGAAAGUUAUCCUCGUAUAGUAGCACUCGCCAUGCAGGAAAUUUCUACGUGCUCCGAUUAUCUCAAAAGUUUGCCGAAUGCCGUGGAGUCGAUCGAUUUGGUGAGCUCCGUCCGUCAGAUUCAGCAAAUUAGUAAACGAGCUCGUGGACAUAUGGCCGCCUGUAACAGUCUCGGAAUCGAAAGUGACGUUGUUGGUAUGAAAAACCUAGAGGAGAAGCACAGGCUUUUUGAGGAUGCCGCCCAGAGUAAAAUGAAUCAACAUCUGGAGCUGUGGACGGCCCGCAUGAAUCGCAUCGCCAUCCAUCGACCACUUUUAACUGUCACCGAGGGAGGCAGCGGACGUGUCCAGAGCGGAGCGGAAGGUGCCAUGGCCCGUAUGGUUACCGAAUGUCGCCAAUUGCAGCAGAUCUUAGAUGCUCCAACUGUGCCGCCCAGCUGGCAGGCCUGGACAGCCAUUUACGGUGCCCUCAAGACCAAGAUGAAGUUGGUCGAUAUCAUUGUCAGUUGCUGCAGCAGCAUCGAAUCGUCUUUGACACCGUCAACGCGUCGUCUGCUCGAACCACGUCUGCUUGCCAUCAAAGUAGACAUUGUAGGGAAAAUUCAUAGCCCGACGUGGACGUGGGGCAGUCAAGACACGACAGUGACGGAUGAAUUACGAACAAUGGCAGAGAUGACGCUGCGGCUACACCAGGCAAUGAAAAAGUUUUCUUCUGUCGCUGAAAUUGUCCAAUCGAUAGCCAACGGUUGGUCAAAGACACCGAUAGUCGAGUUCCAAGAAGGAAUGUUGCCAUCUGGAGAACAGUUGGUUGAACUAUUUAACAAGAAAAAUGGCGAAUACGCCGCAAUCUCGAAGAAGAUUGGAUUGAUUGUAGGCGAAGCCCAGCAAAUGAUGCCAGAUCUGCCACCGACGGAUUGGGUCACUUAUCUGGAGAUGAUUGACGGCAUCAUAUUGGAAGGCUUACUUAAAGCAAUCACCUACACGUAUCACCAUUUCAUUGAGAUGAGUAACAAGGGUAACUUGUACGAGCUUCAGUUAAACAUAACCACCGAAGGAAUCAGCUUCCAGCCACCGCUGACAUCGGCCGCAAGUGACGGGACAGAUACUCCAGUUGGAUCAACAGGCAUCAUGCAACAAUUCAAUAUUUUAAUGGCGGGUGUUGCUAAAAUUUCCAGUUCGAUGAUUCCUCUCAGCAAAGAAAUUCAAUUUCAGUCCAGCGUGGACACUAACGCGUCAGUUAUAGCUCUUCAACAAGAACUGAAUACUACAGUGUCGAACGCUGUGAUGGGCGUGUCCGAAGCAGUCCAUUCGCUGGAACAGUAUUCGUUCCUAUGGAACACGGACCCCAACGUUUAUUUGCACAACUUUUUGCACCACAGUUGUCUGCUGGGCGAAUACAUCCAUGACAAUGCCCCGUCCAGCCCUGCAACUCUGACGCACUUUAGACAACAACUGCACCAACUAAGCGAGUGGAAAACCGUUACCUCUGACUGCAUCAAAGACCUGGAGAAAGUAGGCAAAAGUUGCAAACUGAAACUCAACGUCAAACCGGCUCUCCUGAGCAUAAAAAAUAUCAUGCGAUCGUGGCGAGUUCUUUUAUUGGAACACGUCACGAACUACGUCAUGGAUAGCGUCGUGGAUCUCGAGACAUUCUUGCAGGAGGCCGAAGAAGGUUUGGUCUGGCGUACGGGAGAAAAUGAAAAUGGAGACGCACACAAUGGUCGCGAAGCUUUGCUACGUAUGAUGGGUCAUUUGGCUGAAGUGCGUUCCAGACAGUCGGGCACCGAUGCCCUCUUUGCUCCGCUACAAGAGGCGGCCACGUUACUCAGAGAAUCAGAAAAUGAACUGUCAGAGGAGAUUCUGCUGAAACUGAAGCAUCUGCCGGAAAGAUGGGAAGACAUUAAGGAAUCGGCGUGUGUGGCGAAGCAACAAGUUGCAUCAUUGCAAGCCAAUGAAAUCGCAGCUGUUCGCAAAAAAUUGGGUUCUUUUGAAUUGAGACAGCUUCAAUUCAGAGAUGAAUUCCAUCGACAAGACUUUUUCCGAUUUUCUUGCGAAGAUCCUUACAAGACGCUCGACCACAUCCAUCAUCGCAUCUGCGCCAUGGAGAAAUAUUUAGAAGAAUUGUCCAAUUGGGCUGCAUUGUUUGAAGUGCCCGUGUCCGAAUUCAGAGGCCUGAAAAAUUGUCGACGCGAGACUGUUAUGAUCAAGCAGCUGUGGGACUAUUCCUAUGUUAUCAGAUCAAGUGUCGAUAAUUGGAAGACGACACACUGGAAGGAAAUUGAUGUUGAGAGAAUGGAAAUCGAGUGCAAACAUUUCGCGAAAAACAUUCGUGGUCUAGACAAAGAAAUGAGAGCUUGGGAUGCCUAUAUUGGACUCGACGCUUCCGUCAGAGAUCUUCUGACUUCCCUAAAGGCUAUUUCUGAGUUACAAAAUCCAGCAGUGCGAGAACGUCAUUGGACCCAACUUAUUGAAGCUACGAAACGUAAAACUUUCCUCAGAGACAACUUUACCGUCAGUCUAGUUACUGGAGUUGAUACUACGCUGGCCGAUUUACUGGCGUUGGAUCUACACCGUUACGAAGAUGAAGUGAGAUCAGUAGUCGAUCGAGCCGUCCGCGAAGUGUCGAUGGAGAAAACUUUACGUGAACUUGAGGCUACCUGGGCCACCCUAGAGUUGGGUAAAGAGGAACACGCCCGAACAGGACUGACUCUGUUGAAAGCAUCAGAUGAGUUGAUCGCAACUCUCGAAGACAAUCAGGUCCAAUUGCAAACGCUGGCCAGUUCCAAGUACGUUGCCCAUUUGAUGACGGAUGUUUUAGACUGGCAGCGACGUUUAGGGCUUGCGGAUCAAGUGCUGGCCUUGUGGUGUGAAGUGCAGCGUUCCUGGUCUCAUUUGGAGUCCAUCUUUGCUGGUUCAGGCACAGACGACAUUCGUCAGCAAUUACCCGACGAUUCUAAUCGUUUUGAUGAAACAAACGCUAAUUUUAAAGAGCUGCUCGGUCAUUUGCUAUUGAAACCCAACGUCAUAAGUGUGGCUACGCGUCCCAACGUCCUUAACGAUCUACACCGCAUCGAUUCUCAAUUGCAACUCUGCGAAAAAGCCCUGGCUCAAUAUCUCGAAUCGAAGCGCGUUGACUUCCCGCGGUUUUAUUUUGUCUCUACGGCUGAUUUACUCGACAUCCUUUCUAACGGCAAUAGUCCGCAGUUGAUUCAAAGGCAUCUCACAAAGUUAUUUGAUGCUGUGGCUCGCAUUAAACUGGAACCCAUCGCAAACAAUCAGAAAGAUGGACCGUAUCAGGCAGUGGGACUUUGGUCGAAAGAUGGGGAAUACGUUCCUCUUUGUAAACCAGUCCAGUGCGUUGGCCAAGUAGAAGGUUGGUUGAAUGCAUUGGCCGACUCCAUGCGCGUCUCCUUGCGUCUUCUUCUGCAAGAAGCGGUGGCCAUUCUUGAAGAAAAAACUAAAGACGCCUGGAUAUGGGACUUUCCAGCCCAAGUCACACUGACAGCGUCUCAGAUUGCCUGGAACGCGGAAGUCAGCGCAGCUUUUCAAAGAUUAGAAGAAGGUUAUGAAAAUUCGAUGAAAGAUCUUCACAGAAAGCAGAUUGUCCAACUGAAUUCACUCGUUGGUCUGUUGGGUACUGAUCUCAGUCCAAACGACAGGCAGAAAGUCAUGACCCUCUGUACUAUUGAUGUUCACUCGCGAGAUGUUGUGGCCCGUCUCGUCCAACAUAAAGUUGAAAGCAGCCAGGCAUUUGCUUGGCAAUCGCAGCUUCGCCACAGAUGGAAUUACACGGAAAAGGAUUGUUUUGUUAACAUUUGCGACGCCCAGUUUCGUUAUUGGUACGAAUAUCUAGGCAAUACCCCACGACUUGUAGUGACGCCCUUGACGGACCGCUGUUACAUCACAUUGACUCAGAGUUUACAUCUAACAAUGGGAGGAGCACCUGCCGGUCCUGCUGGCACAGGCAAAACAGAAACAACCAAAGAUCUUGGACGAGCCCUUGGAAUGCUGGUCUACGUUUUCAAUUGCUCCGAGCAAAUGGACUACAAAACGUGUGGCAACAUUUACAAAGGACUAGCACAGACAGGAGCAUGGGGAUGCUUCGACGAGUUCAAUCGUAUCUCUGUUGAAGUCCUUUCUGUCGUGGCGGUUCAGAUUCGUUCCAUCUUGGACGCUCUACGCCAGCACAGAGAGCGGUUCUUCAUGAUGGAAGAAGAAAUUCAACUGCAACCUACUGUCGGCAUGUUUGUCACGAUGAAUCCUGGCUAUGCCGGACGAACAGAGUUACCGGAGAAUUUAAAGUCACUCUUCCGACCUUGCGCCAUGAUCGUGCCAGAUUCUGACCUCAUUUGCGAGAUCAUGUUGGUCGCCGAGGGUUUUCUGGAAGCCCGCACCCUUGCUCGCAAAUUGGUUACUCUCUAUUACUCACUGUGUUGCCGAUUGUUAUCCAAACAGGAUCACUAUGAUUGGGGAUUGAGAGCCAUCAAGUCUGUCCUUGUAUUGGCUGGAACCUCCAAACGUAACAACUCGAUUCACAACCUAAGCGAAGAGCAGUUACUACUAGGUGCUCUUCGCGAUGCCAAUUUACCCCGUUUGGUGUCUGAUGAUGUGCCUGUCUUUUUGGCUCUACUGGGCGAUCUUUUCCCCUCGGUUGAACUCAAUCGGAUCGCGGAUGCCACGAUGGAAAGGACCAUCCGACAAGCAGCCCUCGAUUUGAAACUACAGCCAGAAGAUAUUUUCGUGACGCGAGUCGUCCAGUUACACGAACUUCUACAAGUUCGUCAUUCGGUUUUUGUGCUGGGAAGAGCAGGUACAGGCAAAACUCAAGUGUGGCGCACACUUUUGCGAACAUACGCCCUGAUGAGGUUGCGGCCUGUCUGCGUUGACAUUGAUCCUAAAGCAGUGACAUCCGAUGAGCUUUUUGGCUUUGUCAAUCCAACGACGAGAGAAUGGCGAGAUGGACUUUUGUCGUCCAUUCUUCGGGAGCAGGCCGCACAAAGCGCCAACAAACCACACGCUGGACCUAAAUGGAUCGUGCUCGACGGCGACAUCGAUCCUGGAUGGAUCGAAUCGCUCAACACAUUGAUGGACGAUAACAAAAUCCUGACUUUGGCCAGCAACGAACGAAUUGCUUUGACUCCGCAAAUGCGAUUACUGUUUGAAAUUUCUCAUCUGAAAUGCGCCACUCCGUCGUCAGUUUCCCGUGCUGGUAUUGUCCACUUGAACGUUCAAGAUCUUGGUUGGACUCCCUACAUCACGAGUUGGAUCGAAUCGCGGACCGAGGGUUCUGGCAACGAUGAAGAACCGGGUCCGUUGGAGGAUAUCGAUUUACCUGGCGGAACUCUUCACCAGGGCGAAAGACAAUACUUGACCAUUUUGAUGGACAAAUAUAUCCCCAGCUGUCUGGAAGUCAUCCGUACCCGUUUCAAGACCAUCCUGCCCAUACCGGAGAUCUGCCACCUGCAAAUGCUGUGCCGUUUGUUGGAUUGUUUACUCACUCCAGCCAUUAUGACGUCAGAAAACCCGCGAGAGCUGUUUGAACUCUAUUUCGUCUUUGCCUGCGUCUGGGCAUUCGGAUCGGCCUUGCCAGGCGAUGCCAAUUGCAACCAGCGGGCCGAUUUCAGCGCGUGGUGGGUCAGCGAAUUCAAAGCCGUUCGAUUCCCCAUCGCGUUCGGCUGUCCUACUGUUUUCGAUUUCUGCAUCGACACGGAUCUGCAAACGUUGGUUCCGUGGACGGAGAGAGUACCGAAAUUCGAUCCCGAUCCCGAUCUACCGAUUUACACGACGCUGGUUCCAACCGCCCAGUCCACUUGUCUCCGAUAUUUCCUCGACUUGCUGAUGCGAGCCGGCCAGCCCAUUCUACUGGUUGGAGCCUCAGGCUGUGGCAAAACAUCGCUGGUGGAAGAAGCCCUGGGUUGUCUUUCGGAAGAGUACAUCACCCGCGCCGUGCCCAUGCACUAUUACAUGACAUCUGAGAUGUUGCAAGGCGUGUUGGAGAAUUCGUUGGAAAAGAAAGCCGGAAGGAGUUAUGGGCCACCAGGAAACAAGCACAUUAUUUACUUCUUAGAUGAUUUCAAUGCGCCGCAUAUGGAUAUCUAUGGGACGGCCCAAGCUCACACUCUCUUACGACAACACCUCAGCUACGGUCACUGGUACGACCGUAUCAAAUUAGUUCCAAAAGAGAUCAAGAAUGUGCAGUACAUUGCUUGCAUGAACCCGACGGCCGGAACGUUCACCAUCGACUCGCGUCUUCAUCGCCAUUUCCUGACAUUUGCCGUCAGCACACCGAGCAAUGAAACUCAGGAGUUGAUGUUCGGCUCGUGGCUCCAACGUCACUUUGGCAACCCGGUGCAGCGAUUCGCCCCCAAUCUAUUGAAUCUGGUUCCGGCUUUGGUUGUGGCGUCCAUGACGCUCCAUCAACGACUCUGUUUGAUUUUUCAAGCGACAGCCAACAAAUUCCUCUACGGAUUCAAUUUACGCGAUCUAUCAGCCCUCUUCAAAGGGUUGCUUCUCAGUACUCCCGAAACUGUACAGACCAGCUUGUCGCUUGUCCGCCUUUGGGCUCACGAAGCUCAUCGAGUUUAUGGCGACCGACUCAACGACGAUAAGGAUGCAGACAUGUUUAAGAAAGCUUUGGUGGACACGGUCAAGAAAUGUUUCGAUCGACAGUCAGCCUCUGAUCAAGCGCUAGAGUCUUGUUGUGCUGCCCUUGCCGAUGUGGAUGAAGCCAGUGUUAUGCGGACGCCUCUGCUCUUUUGCCAUUUCUCCCGUGGACUAGGCGACGCCAAGUACGGAGAAGCCGAAGGCUACGCGUCACUCAAUGGCAUUCUUCAUCAAGCUCUUGCGGCCUACAAUGAACUCAACCCCGCCAUGGAGCUCGUCCUCUUUGAAGAUGCCAUUUCGCACGUGUGCCGCAUCAAUCGCAUUCUCGAAUUGCCGAGGGGACACGCGCUGCUCGUCGGUGUCGGCGGAAGCGGAAAGCAGAGUUUGGCACGACUAGCCGCUUCCGUCGCCGGGUACGAUGUGACGCAAUUGCAAAUUCGGCCCGGUUACGGAAUUCCUGAAUUGCGGACUGAUUUGUCCGCUCUUUGCCUUAAAGCCGGACUUAAAAAAUUGCCGACCGUCUUGUUAGUCACGGAUGCCCAAUUGGUGGACGAAACUCUGCUGGGUCCUAUCCAUGACUUUUUAGCCGCUGGAGAAAUCCCGGGCCUGUUUUCCGACGACGAAAUAGACAACGUCGUCCAAGCCGUUCGAAAUGAAGUGAAAGCGCUCGGCUUGAUGGACUCGAGAGAUUUGUGUUGGCGCUUCUUCCUGGAACAAGUGCGACGCCAUUUGCACAUUAUUCUUUGCUGUUCGCCCGUCGGCUCAACGCUGCGUUUGAGGACGCAACGAUUUCCCGCUCUAUUGGCCAGCAUGGCCAUCGAUUGCUUUUUACCAUGGCCACACGAAGCUCUGCUUUCAGUCUCCCAUAAAUAUCUCUCUAGCAUUACGGUUCCGUUGCCGGAUGGAUUCGUCGAUUCCGCUUCCCAAUUCAUGGCGUUUGUUCACUCGAGUGUCAGUGACACUUGUCGUUCUAUGCUGCAAACGGAGGGACGCUACGCCUACACAACGCCUAAAUCAUUUCUGGAACAGUUGCAGUUGUUUGUCCGUCUCCUCGAACGGCAAACUUCUUUGCUGCAGGCCAAAAUUGGGCGACUGGAGAAUGGAUUGGAUCGUUUGAGGGUGGCCGCUUUGCAAGUUGACGAUUUAAAAGAAGUCCUGGCCGUUCAAGAAGUUGAAUUACUGAAGAAAACGGAAGAAGCUGAUCGUCUCAUCAACGUGGUACGCAUCGAAACUGAAAAGGUCAGCAAAGAAAAGUUGCUGGCCGAUGCCGAAGAGAAACGCGUGGCGGCCAUGGCCAUCGAAGUAGCUCAAAGGCAACGUGAAUGCGAGGAAGAUUUGGUUAGAGCCGAGCCAGCGUUAGUGGCUGCUCAAGAAGCGCUCAACACCCUCAAUAAAGCUAAUCUCACUGAGCUCAAGUCGUUCAGUUCGCCUCCGCUCGCUGUUACUAAUGUUACGGCAGCCGUUCUAGUCCUUCUAUCACCACUAGGCAAAAUUCCAAAAGAUCGAUCGUGGAGGUCAUCGAAGAUAAUGAUGGGAAGAGUUGACCAGUUUCUCGAUUCGCUAAUCAAUUACGACAAGGAACACAUCCAUCCAGAUGUCAUUCGGGCUAUUCAUCCUUACCUGGACAAUCCCGAGUUUGAUCCUGAAUUCAUCUCAUCUAAAUCGUCGGCCGCAGCGGGUCUUUGUUCCUGGGUCAUCAACAUUAUUCUCUUUUACGAAGUGUACUGUAACGUCGAGCCGAAACGUCGCGCUCUCGAAGCAGCCGAUGCUGAACUGGUUGCCGCGCAAGAGAAGGAAGCCGCAAUCAAAGCCAAAGUGCGAACAUUGGAGGCCACGUUGGAGCAACUGACUGCCGAAUUCGAAAGAGCCAAUGCCGAAAAGAGAGAAUGCCAAGAAGAAGCUGAACAUACGAAUCGCACCUUGGUGCAAGCCAAUCGGCUGAUUCACGGACUGGCCUCUGAGAAGAUUCGCUGGUUCCAAGCCGUGGAAUUUCUUCGUCGCAACGAAUUGACGAUGGCCGGUGACGUCCUGCUGACCACAGCCUUCGUCUCCUACGCUGGCGUUUUCCCGAAACGCUACCGAACUCACCUGCUGACGAAAGCCUGGAUUCCGUUUCUCAAUGGGCUUGCAACCAAGCCGGUCUUGUUGUCCGAAAGUUUCGACCCCGUCAACCUUUUGGCAGACGCCGCGCAAAUCGCUACGUGGAACAACGAAGGACUUCCAGCUGACCGCAUGUCCAUUGAAAAUGCCGGAAUUUUAACAACGUGCGAGCGUUGGCCGUUGUUAAUUGAUCCUCAGUUACAAGGACUAAAGUGGAUUAAAGGCCAUUACGGAGAACGGCUCCAAAUCACUUCCCUGGGACUGAAAGGCUUCCACGAAAUGUUGGAGCGUUGCCUAAGAGAAGGCAAGGUGCUUCUCAUUGAAAACGUCAACGAAGAGCUCGAUUCGUCGCUGGAUCCCUUGAUGAGCCGCCAGUUUGUCAAGAAAGGCAAAGCCAUCAAAAUUGACGGCAAGGAAGUGGAUCUGCACCCUGAAUUCCGAUUGAUAAUUCAUUCUAAACUUGCCAAUCCCCAUUUCCGACCUGAGCUGCAAGCCCAGGCCACAUUAUUAAACUUCACCGUCACUCGUGACGGGCUGGAAGAACAACUUUUGGCUGAAGUGGUGCGAGCCGAGAGACCCGAUUUGGAGAAUUCUCGGGCCGAAUUAGUCAAGCAAGAAAACGAUUUCAAAAUCGCUUUAAAAGCUCUUGAAGAUGAUCUUUUACUUCGUUUGUCCAAAGCUCAAGGUGCCUUCUUGGCUGAUUCGCAACUGGUAGAUUCUCUGGAACAGACCAAAGCGACCGCAAAUGACAUAACCCAACGAGCGGCUGAAGCGGCUCAAACGGCUCAGGCCGUCAAUGAAUUCCGCGAGCUCUAUCGGCCAGCAGCUUCUCGUGCGUCGCUUCUUUUCUUCAUCAUCGGCGAUCUCCGUCAAUUAAAUCCGAUUUACCAGUUUUCAUUGAAAUCUUUCAUUGGCGUUUUUCAACGGGCACUGGCAAAAGCAACGCCUUCCUCAGACGUGGCCGUAAGAGUCAAUUACCUGGUCGAUUCAAUCACCUACGCUCUGUUCCAAUACGUGGCUAGGGGACUGUUUGAACAGGAUCGGUUGGUUUAUACUGUACAGCAGACUUUCCAGAUUUUAAUUGCUUCGGGCGAUGUGGAUCCGGUCGACGUGGAUUUCUUCCUCCGCUUUCCGGUAGUUUCCGGUCUUAAUGUUUCCGGUAGUCCCGUCGAUUACCUCACCCCGGCCACCUGGAGCGUAGUCAAAAGUUUGUCGUCGACGGACGAGUUCCGGCACUUGGAUCGAGACAUUGAGUCAUCCUCGAAAAGAUGGCGCAAAAUUAUCGAGUCUGAAUUCCCUGAACGAGAACGACUUCCACAGGACUGGAAAACACGAUCAGCUCUGCAGCGCCUCUGCGUAUUAAGAGCCCUGAGACCGGACCGGCUGUCUCACGCUUUGCGUCUCUUUAUUGAAGAAAAGUUGGGAUCGCGCUACGUCGAAUCCCUCACCGUCGAACUGUCACAAUGCGUGGCCGAAAUGUCGCCUACCACUCCCCUGUGUUUUAUCCUUUCCACUGGAGUGAACCCUCUACUCGAAGUCGAACAAAUCGCCAGGAAGAUGGGUCGUACUGCCGAUAAUGGACUCCUCCAUCUCGUCAGUUUGGGACAAGGUCAAGAAGGCAAUGCAGAGAAUGUAUUAAAGAAAUCGUCCGAACACGGCCAUUGGGUCAUUCUCCAGAAUAUACAUCUAGUGAAGAAAUGGUUGCCGACAUUGGAACGUCUCCUUGAACGCUUCGGCGUCAACGCUCAUCCAGAGUACAGAGUUUUUCUUAGCGUCCAACCGCCUACCACGAAAUCAGCAAGCGUCGUUCCCCAAGGCCUAUUGGAAUCGUGUAUUAAAUUGACGAGCGAGCCGCCUCGUGGGAUCAAAGCCAAUUUGCACAUGGCCCUCGAUCACUUUGAUCAGGAAGCGCUAGAGCAAUGUUCACGCGAAGCUGAAUUUAAAACGCUUCUCUUCACACUUUGCUACUUCCACGCUGUCGUGACGGAGCGACGACAUUUCGGGGCUCAGGGCUGGAACCGAACGUACCCGUUCUCGGCCGGCGAUUUGACCAUCAGCGUCAACGUGCUGCUCAAUUACAUUGAGAGCAGCGGCAAUUCCGGCCGAGUUCCAUGGGAAGAUUUACGCUACUUGUUGGGCGAGAUCAUGUACGGUGGUCACGUCACCGAUGACUGGGAUAGGCGUUUGACUCGGGCCUAUUUAGAAGAACUUUUGCAGCCAGAUCUGCUCGAAGGAGAAUUGUUAUUAGCCCCCAACUUCCCAGCACCUCCCAAUCGAGAUUAUUCAGGAUAUCAGCGCUAUAUCGACGAAUCCUUGCCCCCCGAAUCCACCUAUCUCUACGGUUUGCAUCCUAACGCGGAAAUUGGCAUCUUGACCCGUAGUGCCGGGAUGUUGUGUCGCGAACUUCUCGGUCUGCAACCCCGACAGGGCGCCGGCCUAAGUGGAGGUGCCGUCUUGAGCAAAGACGAUCGAGUGAAGCAAAUCUUGGAUGAGAUACUCGAAAAGUUGCCUGACGAAUUCCCUUUGGUGGAAAUCUGUAGCCGACUGGAAGAAAAAACCCCGUUCAUGGUGGUCAUCGUACAAGAAUGUGAAAGAGUUAAUGGACUCUUGAUUGAGGCUAAGAGAUCUCUCCGAGAACUCGACAAGGGAUUAAAGGGUGAACUGUCUCUGACCGAGGACAUGGAGGAUAUGUCUUCGUCGCUCUACCUUGAUCAACUUCCGGUGCGAUGGGCUAAGCUGGCCUAUCCAUCAAUGUUGCCUCUAACAGCCUGGAUUACUGAUUUACAGCAACGACAUAAAGAGCUAGAUGUUUGGCUCGUCGAUUUCCAAACACCUCCAUCGGUAUGGCUAGGAGGAUUUUUCAGCCCUCAGGCUUUCUUAACGGCCGUCAUGCAAACGGCGGCAAGGAGAGCGGAACUACCGCUGGAUCGAAUGACUUUGUCGGUUGAAGUCACCAAAAAAACGCGUGAAGAAAUUUCGGCCGCGCCGCGUGAGGGAGUUUACAUUCACGGAUUGUUCUUAGAAGGUGCGCGUUGGGAUUCUAACUUGGGUGUGUUGGCUGAGGCUAAACUGAAAGAGCUCCAUCCACCGAUGCCCGUCAUUUACGUCAAGGCUGUCACACAAGAUAAGUUGGACAUCAGAGGAACAUAUGAGUGUCCGGUAUAUCACACGCAGCAGAGAGCAGAAACCUAUAUCUGGAACUUUCAGUUGAAGACGAGAGAUAAACCAUCUAAAUGGGUUUUGGCCGGCACAGCAUUGCUCCUUCAAAUCUGAUCUGUUUGUGGGCACCUCGUGAAAUGAAAGUCAAGGAAAAAACAGGAUUCGUACAGAUCGUCUGUUAGCGAUAGUGUGCUAGUGGAUGGAGUAAACGGCAUGCCAACUUGCACCAACAAGUCAUCGGUUUUGUGUUAAGGUAUAUGUAUUACUAGUUCAAACCAUUAUAUGGGUGAAAUGAGGAUAUUGUAAAUAAGAGCGGUUAUAUUUGGUGGCAGGUUGUAUGUAGCCACCUGGAAGCUUAUUCAUCGUUUACAGUCGACAUUGUACCAGUAGUCGCAGAGUUGCUUUUCCUCGUGAAAUAAGGUGCAUGUUGGACAUAUGAAAGACAAGAUAGAAUCAUCUCCAUUGCAAUAAUGGAAGAUCUGGAAGCCCAAACGAUGAAAUGUUAAGAGCUUGAUCCUUGAAAUGAUACUACAGCUAACAUUUGAUUACCCUACAAGAUGCUUGGCGAUCGUUGUCUGCGUAGUAUCCCGGCUGGCGAUCAAGACAAGAAAAGUCUGUUACUGGUAUCGAAAUAAUUUUUGUAACUGGUAAGUUGGUGCUAGAAUGGUCCAGUGCCAAGUCUACAGAUGGGUCUUCUGGAAGUGAACACGUCCCGGCUUUUAUCAGUUUUUUCGACGCAGACAACAUGGACGAAAAACGGUGCUUGGGCAUGGGCGUAACACGAUGUCCUUCAACAGUAUUUCCUGCUGGACCACCUUUGCUUGAAUUGCUACUCAAAUGCUCGACGCUUGCUGAAAUUUGAGUUCGAUUCUCAUGCGUAGUAGUUGUCUCGUAAAUGGGCAGCAACUUUUUUCACCCGGAAAAGGGGUUUAGCUUUACGAAUGAUUAUAAGGGAAAUCUUACAAAAAAACUUAAACUUACCAGAAACGCUGCGCAAAUCACAAACAAGACGGACAGGGCCAUUCACCAACACUUGAAUAGCAGCGUUCUCUACGAACGACUAUUUUCAGACUGAUGUGACAGGAGGCUAGCAAAGUCAGGCUCCACAUCAUGAUUGGAAAUAACCUCGAGAAUGAUCUUCUGGUAUGACGGAAGAUAUCACUGCUGACAUAAACGAGAAAGGGAUAGUUCUUCCGGUUGGCCUGAUUGAACCCUCGAGAACGGGGUACAUCUUUAGCCGGAUGCAAAACUUAUCAAGAUGAAUGGCAACACACAGCUUUUCAUCUGUUUUGAAUGCCGGAACUGACGAUAAGAUUUUGCUGCCGACCGGUUAUAAUUUUUCCCCGCCAUUUAUCCUUUUCCCGCUAGAGGCGCUUGCUUCAGAAUGGACAAGCUGAUUCGAAUGGCUGCUAAAUGUGAUCGACGAUAAACGGGAGGAAAAACUAGAUGGCGUUGACGUGCGUCCAUGAUAAAUAUUACUAGUGACAAGUUAAAUUGGUGUUUGUUACGUUUCUACCCUGUUCAGUGUUUCAAAGGGUUUUUCAUCAAAUAUUAAUGGGUUUCGCCUUGUCAGCUGCUGAACCUUAGCCUGCAUUCCUGCUAUCAUCAAUGUUGUCAAUAUUUUAAGCCCGACUAAGCUAGGGGCACUCACCCCGUUCGCUUCCGGACAUUCCUCCUUCAUGCGAAGCUAGGGGUUGAACGCUCCUAAAACUAAGUUGGAUAAAACAAAAAAGUAAAGUACGACCACUACCAGCAGCAUUACAGCGUGCUUCAUAAAUACGUCAACCCCUGAGAUAACAAUAUCAUUGGAAAUUGUGGUUUUGUUCUCCACUUUUAUUAUCCAUAUGCAAUUUUCGUGCUUCAUGGUGUGAUAUUUUAUCAUCCUGGAAGAAGGAUUCUGGAAAUUGAUGAUUUCUAAUAUACAGCUGGUUUUCAGAUAACAAGUUUAAUGUAUUUACAUAUCAGAAUGAGCUCCCAAUUUGAAGUUGGGAGUGUCUUAUCUGAUUAUGGAUUUCUACUUUGAAAACCAAACUGUUCCCUUCUACAAAUGGAUUUUGAAGUAUCAUGCAUGUGGUAUUAUGUACUCUAUGAUAUCUUCGCGAAGCCUUUAAUUGAUGUUAUACCAAAAAAAUUCCCAUGGAAGGAAGUUCUUGCAGGAUCUGUUAUCAACCGUCUAUGUUAUGCAGUAAUUGUAUCUGCAGUUUAGUUAAAACUCUAACUUAGAAAUAUACUCAGCGUAAAAUUGAUAUGAUGAAAAAUGAUAUUUGAUUGGAAGAAGUUCCUGGCUGAGACAAGAGAUAAAAAAAAUGAUACUGUUUGGAAGGACGACCGGCAAUUUCAAGAUUCAUUUAUUUUCCUUCCACAUUGAACUAUUUAUAUAUUUUUAAAAAUUGAAUUGCAUAUCUGGGCUCCCUUCUUUUCUGUGGCCCCGUUU